AUGAGUCAGCUGAGGCUGCUGCCGUCCCGGCUUGGGGCACAGGCCUCGAGGCUCCUGGCCCCACAUGAUAUCCAGAUGUUCAGCCGGCGCAGCAGGUCGUCUGGGCCACCGGCCCCCUUCCCAAGCAGCAAACGUGGAGGCAGCUCCAGUUACAUGGAGGAGAUGUACUUCGCCUGGUUGGAAAACCCCCAGAGUGUCCACAAGUCCUGGGACAGCUUCUUCCGGAAAGCCAGUGAGGAAGCUGCCUGUGACCCAGCUCAGUCACGGUUUCCUGAGAGCAGGCCAUCAGUCUCGAGCCGGACCAAGACCAGCAAGCUGGUGGAGGACCACCUAGCUGUGCAGUCCCUGAUCCGGGCCUACCAGAUUCGAGGCCACCAUGUGGCCCAGCUGGACCCCCUGGGCAUUCUGGAUGCAGACCUGGACUCCUUUGUGCCCUCGGACUUAAUCACAACCAUCGAUAAACUGGCGUUCUAUGACCUGCGGGAGGCUGACCUAGAUAAGGAGUUCCAGCUGCCCACGACCACCUUCAUCGGGGGAUCUGAGCAUACCCUCUCUCUGCGGGAGAUCAUUCGGCGCCUGGAGGUGAGCACAUACAAGUGUGUCAGGCACACCUGCCGGCUGUCUCUGGAGUGUGCUAGAGGGAGGGAGGAUGCUGCCUUUUGUAUUGCAGGUGCUGGGACCAUUGCCCCUCUUCCUGGCUCCUUGUGGAGUCCCCACCUAUUCCCCCAGAGCACCUACUGCCAGCACAUUGGCCUGGAAUUCAUGUUCAUCAAUGACGUGGAGCAGUGCCAGUGGAUCCGGCAGAAGUUUGAGACCCCUGGUGUGAUGCAGUUUUCCAGUGAGGAGAAGCGGACCCUGCUGGCCCGGCUGGUGCGCUCCAUGAGGUUUGAAGACUUCCUGGCCCGGAAAUGGUCCUCGGAGAAGCGAUUUGGCCUGGAGGGCUGUGAGGUCAUGAUUCCUGCCCUCAAGACCAUCAUAGACAAAUCCAGUGAGAUGGGGAUCGAGAAUGUCAUCCUGGGGAUGCCACACAGGGGCAGGCUGAAUGUGCUGGCCAAUGUGAUCCGCAAGGACCUGGAGCAGAUUUUCUGCCAGUUUGACCCCAAGCUGGAGGCAGCAGAUGAGGGCUCCGGAGACGUCAAGUAUCACCUCGGCAUGUACCAUGAGAGAAUCAACCGGGUCACCAACAGAAAUAUCACUUUGUCCCUUGUGGCCAACCCCUCCCACCUGGAAGCUGUGGACCCUGUGGUGCAGGGAAAAACGAAGGCAGAACAGUUCUACCGAGGGGAUGCCCAGGGCAAGAAGGUCAUGUCCAUCCUGGUUCACGGGGACGCUGCCUUCGCCGGCCAAGGCGUGGUGUAUGAGACCUUCCACCUGAGUGACCUGCCCUCUUACACCACCAAUGGUACUGUGCACGUCGUCGUCAACAACCAGAUCGGCUUCACCACAGACCCCCGCAUGGCCCGCUCAUCACCAUACCCCACUGAUGUGGCUCGUGUGGUUAACGCGCCUAUCUUCCACGUGAACGCAGAUGACCCAGAGGCCGUGAUAUAUGUGUGCAGUGUGGCAGCUGAGUGGAGGAACACCUUCAAUAAAGAUGUUGUGGUGGACUUGGUCUGUUACCGCCGACGUGGCCACAAUGAGAUGGAUGAGCCCAUGUUCACGCAGCCGCUCAUGUACAAGCAGAUCCACAGACAGGUGCCUGUGCUGAAGAAGUACGCGGACAAGCUCAUUGCUGAGGGCACCGUCACCCUGCAAGAGUUCGAGGAAGAAAUUGCCAAAUAUGACCGGAUCUGUGAGGAGGCGUAUGGCAGGUCCAAGGAUAAAAAGAUUCUGCAUAUAAAGCACUGGCUGGACUCCCCCUGGCCCGGCUUCUUCAAUGUGGACGGGGAGCCCAAGAGCAUGACGUGCCCGGCCACAGGCAUUCCCGAGGACGUGCUGACCCACAUUGGUGAAGUGGCCAGCUCUGUGCCCCUGAAGGACUUUAAGAUCCACACAGGCCUCUCUCGAAUCCUGCGGGGCCGUGCAGAUAUGAUCAAGAACCGGACGGUGGACUGGGCACUGGCAGAGUACAUGGCCUUUGGCUCCCUGCUCAAGGAGGGUAUCCACGUGCGGCUUAGUGGGCAGGAUGUGGAGAGGGGCACGUUCAGUCACCGGCACCACGUUCUCCAUGACCAGGAAGUUGACCGGAGGACGUGUGUCCCCAUGAACCACCUUUGGCCUGACCAGGCCCCCUACACUGUGUGCAACAGCUCCCUCUCAGAGUAUGGAGUCCUGGGCUUUGAGCUGGGCUAUGCCAUGGCAAGCCCCAAUGCCCUGGUCCUCUGGGAGGCUCAGUUUGGUGACUUUCACAACACGGCCCAGUGCAUCAUCGACCAGUUCAUCAGCACCGGCCAGGCCAAGUGGGUGCGGCACAACGGCAUCGUACUGCUGCUGCCCCAUGGCAUGGAGGGCAUGGGCCCGGAACACUCCUCAGCAAGGCCUGAGAGGUUCCUGCAGAUGAGCAACGAUGACUCCGAUGCCUACCCCGUGUUCACCGAGGACUUCGAGGUGAGCCAGCUCUACGAUUGCAACUGGAUUGUUGUCAAUUGCUCCACACCGGCCAACUACUUUCACGUGCUGCGCCGCCAGGUCCUGCUGCCCUUCCGCAAGCCGCUGAUCAUCUUCACACCCAAGUCUCUGCUGAGGCACCCGGAGGCCAAGUCCAGCUUUGACCAAAUGGUAUCCGGGGCCAGCUUCCAGCGGGUGAUUCCUGAGGAUGGGGCUGCGGCGCAGGCUCCUGAGCAGGUGCGGCGGCUCAUCUUCUGCACUGGAAAGGUGUACUACGACCUGGUGAAGGAGCGGAGCAGCCAGGGCCUGGAGGAACAAGUGGCCAUCACCCGCCUGGAGCAGAUCUCUCCAUUCCCCUUUGACCUGAUCAAGCAACAGGCAGAGAAGUACCCGGGCGCAGAGCUGGUGUGGUGCCAGGAGGAGCACAAGAACAUGGGCUACUAUGACUACAUCAGCCCGCGCUUCAUGACCAUCCUGAGUCGGGCACGGCCCAUAUGGUACGUUGGCCGUGACCCAGCGGCUGCACCAGCCACAGGAAACAGGAACACUCACCUGGUUUCUCUGAAGAAGUUUCUGGAUACUGCCUUUAAUCUCCAGGCCUUUGAGGGCAAGACAUUUUAGAGCUGGCAAGGCCUGGCUGGGUAUUGCUGUGGGACUGGCUAGUGAGGGGAGGGACGGGUGUGCUCCUGCCCAGGAGAGGGGCCGCCCAGAGCCCCAGGAUAAAACAAUACUCACAUAAGUGAUUAAGGCCAAAGGUAGGUGCUGCUGGCUUCAGUAUUAUGCUACCUUGGACCUUGGUGUUUGUUUAUGUCAGAAUCUGUUAGGACUGAGCUAGCCAGAGGGCUCUGAUAGAUGGGCUGUAGUUCGGGAGUGUUUCCCCACUUGCCCUGGUCUUCCUGAAAUUUUUGUGUGACUUCUCCAUCUGUGCUGUUCGUGUCUCUGCAGACAGCCACCCAGGAGCCCAUGUCUUUGGCCCCUAUCUCCCAUCCUGGUAGAUCUGGUUGCUGUUUACCCUGUCCUUGUUCAUUUGUAGAUUCAAGGAAUGUUCUGUUUCGUGCUCUUAGAAAUAAAGAUUUCAGCAAUAACAACCAGGUGAAGCAAAACCAUGCCAGGUGAUUUAAAUGUGCUCUGUUUUAUGGAGCGUGUCAUAAUGAGGUAUGUCAGCUUCUGUGUGAAAUACAGCCGCAGCUCAAGUGUACCAAAGCAGAAAACCAAAUAACAGAGAAAUAAAAAAGUGCUUAAGAG